AUGUUUGAAACAUCAAUCCCUAUAACAUCAGGGAUUAAAAAUCCUAAUGGUAGUCAUGGUUCUUUUGCUGAUAUUCUCAAAGGAAAGAAAACCCUAAUUCCAACAUAUGUUGAUCUUUCCAGGUUACCUAAUCCAACUCUUAAAGAAGAGAAGAUUUGUAAUGGUACAGCUGCAACUGUUAAUAAUCACUUGUUGAAGCUAAUAGAUUGGUAUCCAGGUUUCAAACCUAACAAACAACGUUCUUCACAUGCUGCUGUUUGGGUUAUGUUUCCAGAUUUACCGGUUGAGCUUUGGACUGAAAAGUCUUUGCUGUCAAUUGGGAAAAUUCUAGGAAAUCCAAUUGUGGUGGAUGAAAAAACAUUACAGUUGGAUUAUGGUUUUUAUGCUUCAGUUCCAAUUGAUAUUGAUUUUGCUAAGCAUAUUCCAGAGAGAAUUCAUCUAACUUCAGGUGGACAAGAGUUUUGGAAGUAUAUUGAUAUUCAAAAGUAUCCAAAAUUUUGUUCAAAGUGUAAUAUUGUUGGUCACAAUGAUGCUGAAUGCAAAAAACAAUCGGCUAAAACUGAAGGGAACAAGGAGAAACAACAAAAAGUAGACAUGGGUGAGAAUUCCUUCAAGAGAAGUUAUGAUCCAAACGCCGGUAAGAAGUGGCAAGUAAAGAAAUCUUCAACUGAGUUGCCAGAAGUUAGUGGGGGCGAAGAGGUGAUUUUGGUAAACUCCAAACAAUUUGAGCAGGAUAUUGAGAAGCGCAAGGCUGCAAUUGCCCAUGUAGGUCAAAAUAAAAUUGUUGCUUCAAAGGAAAUAAUUAGGGAUGCUAUUUCUGAACAGUUGCAAAAAGAGCUUGCUAGCUAUGAGGUAGAAUUUCGUGAGGCUCAGUUAAAAUUAAUUAAGUGUAAAAACGCUAUUGCUGUGCAAACAACUCUAGCUGCACGUUCAAAACAAAACGAUGCUAUUGCAACAAUUUCUGGUGCAAAGGAUCGCGUAACUGGGUCUAAGAAAUCUACAGAAUCCAAUUUGGAUUUGGUUGGUAAAUCUGGGACCAAGCAUGACAUGGAAAACGUGUUGGAAGGAAAGUCCGUUCCCAAACAAAAUUUUGGAAACAAAUUAUGCGGAAAAAAAAGGUAA